AUGUCGCUCAACUUCCAGCCCGCUCCGGUUGAUCCAGCAGUCUUAAGUGCUCGUCUUGAAUUCCUUGAUGGCUAUGAAGCCCAACUUAAAGGCAGUCUGCAAUGGAACCAGUGCGAGUCUGCAGCGGAGUAUCGAAGAAUGCGCCGUGAGGGCUUAAAUGGCUUCCCAAAGCCCGUCUUGAACCCAAAGGCAAGAACGACAACUAUCAGCGCUCGGGAUGGACAUAGGAUUGAACUACGCAUCAUCUCUCCCUCGCAACAACAAAGUAAAGGAGUUUGGCUCCACUUUCACGCAGGAGGGUUUGUGAUCGGUAGCAACGCAUCGUACGAUCCUUACUUGACAACUCUGUCCGACCGUCUCGGGUUUACAAUGGUCUCUGUGGAAUAUCGCCUCGCGCCCGAGAACCCGUUUCCCAAGCCAUUACACGACUGUGUUGAUGCCGCUCUUUACUCUCUGACCCCAGAGGGGCAGGAAAUGCUCGGGGCGCCGCUCAAAAUCCUCGGUGGCGAAUCCGCGGGUGGCUGGCUGGCUGUUUCAACCGGGCUAUCCCUCAAACGAGACCACGGGCUUAACGUACGAUCAAUUCUCGAUGCCAUUGUAACGGGGUACGGAAUCUAUGAUAUGACAUACACCCCGUCUCUACUGGAGCACAAACGCGACAUUAUCCUCAGUAAGCAAGGCAUGAUGGACUUUGUUGAUGCUGGAUUCGCGCAUAUCCCUAUGACCGAGCGCAAGAAUCCACUGGUGUCACCGUUGUACGCCGAUCUGAAGGGGAUGCCCCCAGCGUUGUUCUUAACGGGAGCUAUCGAGCCACUGGUUGACGAUAGUGUCUUUAUGGCGGCAAGAUGGUUCAGUGCCGGGAAUCAAACGGAAUUAUGUGUGGUUGAAGGUGCAUGCCAUGCCUUUACGAUCAUUCGCAUGGGGGAGGCUACUGAAGAUGGCAUUAAUCGAAUCGUCAGUUUUGUCGAGAAAUAUAUCGGAACGGCGACUCGACAGACUAGUUAG